AUGCGAUGUGGUAGGCAAGGACAUAAGGCGAGAGAUUGUCGCCUUCCAGGAAACAGUGGAACCUCACAACAGUCAUAUAGAGGAAAUACUCAGGCACAACGUGGUGGUCAGCAAGGGGGUACAGCCCAGGCUAGGGUGUAUUCUCUAACACCUAGCGAUGCAAAGAAUACUGGUGACGUAGUCACAGGUAUCAUUGACAUGUUUUCUCAUAAAGUUGUCGUAUUAUUUGAUUCUGGGGCAACGCAUUCCUUUAGUUCCCAAGAAUUUGUUAAAUUGUGUGGAUUGGAGGUUCAACUGUUAGAUAAUGAACUGGUAGUGGCUACGCCAUCAGGAUCACUAGUCGGGUGUAGCAAGGCAGUCUGUGACUUUCCAGUUGAAAUUCAGGGAAGGGUACUACCAGUUGACUUUAUGGCAUUUGAUAUAUAUGGCUUUGAUAUCAUCCUAGGGAUUGAUUGGCCAGUAUCGAUUGCCAUAGAAGGGAGAUGA